AACAGUCCCCCCUGUGUUGCCAGAAAUACUAGCUACUAACUUUUUGUUUCAUUCAUUUUCCCUACGAUUACACAAUUAGUGACAGUAUCAUUACCAUAAAUUCAUGAGUCUAAUACCUGUGUUGGUUAGGUGAGCUGUUGUGUGGAUGUAGAUAAGCGAACUAUUCCAGAUGCCGAACAGCGGUGAGGAGUGGCAGGUGGCCCGGCGACGGAAGGGAGCAGGCCGCAGAGGGAAGAUUCCUCACACGGCCUGUCAUGAACCUGGACACGCCGACGCUGUGGACACAGAUAGGACCAAACAAAGGAUCACAGAAACCAUGGCUGAACUGAGGUGUGCAGACUUCUGGUUUGAGUGGAGAGAUCGACUGACGGCUGUGGCUAAGGUAGACUCCCCAGAGGUUGGAGGGGACCCAGCAGCAGGCUCUGACCCAGGACCUGAGGGUGGGGACCGGGCCCGGGAGGCCCCUAGCGGCCCACUGGAGUGUGUGUGUUAUGGUCUGGGCUCCUUCUCUUGCUGUGUGACAGCUCGUUACCAACUAGCUAUGCUGCUAUUGAUUCUGGAGUCACUACAGAUCCCUAUGGAGUGGUGCAGUGUGUACGACCCUGUGUUUUCCUCAGGGGAGAUGGAGGUACUGAGACAGCUUGGCCUCAACGUGCUGACUGAGAACGAGGAGGGGAAGCGAGCAGUGUCGAGGCCAACUCUUUUCUACCUGAUGCAUUGUGGGAAGGCUCUGUACAACAACCUGCUGUGGAAGAACUGGAGUAGAGAUGCACUGCCUCUACUGACUAUCAUAGGAAACAGCUUUGCAGGCAUACAGGACAGGAUGAUUCAGAGAGAACUCCAGAGAGACUACAGCUACAUAGCACACGCUGUGUGUGUGUGUGAGGAGUGGCCCCUUCCAUGCCCGUCCCGACUCCUGGACAUCUUCAAUGACACUGCCCUCAUCACCUUCAAGCCCAGCAGCCUCUGCAAACUGCCACAAUCCGCCUGGGGGGAAGCACCAGAGCCCCAAUACCAACACUGCCCCGAUCUGGAGAUCAUACAGAGGCCCACAGAGAUGAGAGGAGUGGAGGAUGAAGGAAUCACUGUGGUCUCUGUGGUUCCCAGUGAAAUGAGAGGAUAACAAGGAUUUUUUUCCCCCUUGUAAUCCUUUGGUGGGACAUUUUCUUUUUGGGGUAAAUGUAUUUUCAGGGUGGAAAAACACGUUAAGCUUCAACUUAAACUAGAUAUAAAGUAUGUAGAAAAGUCAAUGAACAUCUAUAUUUUUUUAUUAAUAUAAUCUUUGAGAACUAACAAUCACCAAAAUAAAAGCUAGACAGUGAGAAUUGAAAAUUCCAAAAACAAUUGAAUUUAUCAGUAUUCCUUUUGUUAUUAUGUUUGAACAAAAGAACACAUCAUUAUCCAUGGUGAAAUGCAUAGAAUUGCAGGAAACUAGCUUUAAAACUGCAACAUUUUCUCAGCUCCAUGGCAGAAUAUAUAGAAUCACAGGAAAUUAGCUUUAAAACUGCAACAUUUUCUCUCAGCUCCAUGGCAGAAUAUAUAGAAUCGCAGGAAAUUAGCUUUAAAACUGCAACAUUUUCUCUCAGCUCCAUGGCAGAAUAUAUAGAAUCGCAGGAAAUUAGCUUUAAAACGGCCAAAAACAUUCUCCGCUCCAUGGAGAAAUUUGUUGAAUUGCAGGAAAUUGGCUUAUUUUUUGAUACAGCGCCAAGAUAGGGUCCUCUAAAAUGUAGCCACGCCGACGGUCAUCUGGGCUCAUUACUACGGCAAACCACGCCCACCCCUAAGCCCCUUUUUGAUCCAGAAAAAAACCCUGGAUAGGAUGGUGGAUACUGGACGUAUGCCAAGUCGGAUUCACUUCCACAGUCGGAAAAUCUGGCAGAAGUGUGUGAGUGCUGUGGACCUGUGUGUGUUUGUUGAUAUGUGGAAUGUAUGUAUGUUAUAAAAUUUGGAAGAAGAAUAAAAUGUUAAAAAAAGAA